CCCUAUUCCCUCCCAAUAUGUGGGGUGGGGGGGUCCUUUUGCGUGGGGAUAAGGUGGUUGUGAGGAGAGGGGAGGCUGAGGUAAAAGCGAGGGCUUUUCCCUCGCAGUCAGGGCGGGCACUCGCCUCGCCUUCUCUCACCUCACUUUUUAAUCCUAAAUCUUAACUGCCCACCCAAACAAAGACUCGCACGAAAAGGACUCGCCCCAACGCUUGUCUUGUCCUAAGUUCCACUCUUCCUUAAAAAAAAAGUCUUUUCCCUGAAAGAGACGAAAAUGCCCCCCCCCACGUGCCCUCUCCUCUUUCAUCCUAAAAUGCCACACACACUCUGUCAGGAAAAAAUAAGAAUACCGAAACCCUGGAGAGCAUCCUCGGCUCCCUAUUUCCUUUUUAUUUCUUCAGUCUCCCUGAAACACUGAGAAGAAACCCCUCUUCCCCACAUUUCCCUGCCUUUCGCCCUGUACUGUGACACCUUUUCUCACCCCAUUUCCAACCCUAAUUACUUUCCUGCCUUCUCACACAUAUCUAGGACACUCACCUUCUUUUUUCCUCUCCUGCCAACCACAAUCUGAAAGGAGGACUAGAAAUAUAAACAAAUGCUGUAUUACAGAGCUUUCUGCACUUCUCAUGUUGUGACACAGCAAUUCAGUCUUACUAGCAAACUGGAGGUUAAACUAACCCCUUUGCAGCCCCGGGAGGAGCAUGGGGAGCGUUCACACAACACACCUACACACUGCAGCGGACAUACUUAACGUGUCAUAACACACAGUUUGGAAAGCUCUGCUGUAUUAGUUAGACCAGGGGUAGGCAACCUAACGCCCAUGGGCCACAAGCGGCCCACGGGGGUCAUUUAACCCCCCCAUGAGCCUCCCACGAACCGAGCCAUUUGCUCGGCGAGGCGCUGCGCUAAACCAUCACGGCGCAGGGACUCGCUUCUGCGGUGCCAGAAAUCACGUCUGCGCAUGCUCAGACGCCGAAAAUUGUGGCUGUGCAGAAGCAGACACCAGAAAUCAUGUCUGUGAAGAUGCAGACGCUGGAAAUUGCUGCUGCGCGCACUCAAAUGUGCAUGUGAUCCGGCCCACGGAGGGAUCUCCGUUGAAGUGAACCGGCCCAGAAAAUCUACAAAUGGGACUUGGUAGCUAUUCUACUGUAGCUCUGGCCGACCUUUGCUCAGCAUUGACCUGCCUGGGAGUUGCUUCUUCAAAGGCAGAGAGUUGUAUCCCUGAACAAAGCAAUGAAGUGAUUAUAGUCUAUUUCUAAAUGUAGGUCAUGACUGCUGUCUGGAACGACAUGUAGUGGGCAGUCAAUGAGAUGACCUCAGGUUCCUUUCUGAGCUGUACUCUGGAGAUCCUCAUGUACAACCAGGAAGCUAGUAGCACGGCUGAGUACAGCAUGGUUCUGGAAGGAAGAUGGGUUCUACUCGUGUGACUGCCAAGGAGCUAUGUGAAAUUGAUGAUCUAGCUACAACACUAAUUCUCGACUCCUACCUCGGCUUUAAGACCCAUAAGAUGAACGUAAGCCCACUCCCAGCCAUCAGAAGAAAGCACCAUUUGCGGGAAGCAGUAGAAGCUUUCCGGAAGCGCAAGGACCUAGACAUGGCAUAUCAGGCCUUGAUGCAAGGUGGAUGGGCCUGCCAGUACUUCGCAAAGCGGAGCUGUCAGCAGGAGGCUGCCUUCAAGACUCAUAUAUUUCGUUACCUUCGCAUCUUCCUUCCUGAGAGUGGUUUUGCCAUCAAGCGCUGUACCCGGUAUUCCCUGGAAAUAAAUGGUGCCCGUGUGGUCGCUACAAAAUCAUGGAAAAAGAAUGACAAACUGGAGCUCCUGGAGGGUUAUAUUACAGAGCUAACGGAGCCAGACGAGAGUCUCCUGCGGACUGGUGAAAAUGACUUCAGCAUCAUGUAUUCUACACGCAAACAGUGUGCCCAGCUAUGGCUGGGGCCUGCAGCCUUCAUUAAUCAUGACUGCAGACCCAAUUGUAAGUUUGUCCCAAUGGAUGGGAACACUGCCUGCGUCAAGGUGCUGCGGGACAUUGAGCCAGAUGAUGAGAUCACAUGCUUCUAUGGCGACGGCUUCUUUGGAGAGGACAAUGAGUUGUGCGAAUGCCACACUUGUGAAAGGAAGGGGGAAGGAGCCUACCGCCUCCUGAAUCAAACACCUCCACAAUCUACCUCAAUCAAUGAUAACUAUCUGCUCAGAGAGACAGAUGGCCGUCUACAGCGGUGGAAACGUCCGUCAUACAAGCUGGCCCGACUCAGUGUGAAAGUGGGAUGCAAGGCCCGGCGCAGGAAAGCAAAAAUACAUGCUGCUCUCCGCAGAUCCGCCUUUCGUUGGUACCUGAGGAUACUAAAGCCUUUAUGUAUCCCCCUGCACAACUGCUUGGGCUGCACAGCACGUAGCUGCAAGCUCAGUAAGCAGCCACUGGUGCAUCUGCAACGCUGCCCUCCUUCCAUGUUCCCUGCAUCACAUCUCCGCCGCUCUUCACGCAGGAAGAGCAGCCACUUUGAGACCCAGCAAAGCUUCUUCUUCACAAGGACGUACAAUAGACCUGAGAGCCCAAGCUGGGCAGACCAGAGCGACUUGGUGGUGAAUCUUGGCAAGAGAGUUCCCCUGCACUGGGAAGGCUUGCGCAGAGAAGCGGUGCGUGGGAUUGGUGAGAGAGAACCACAUAGCAGCAACGGGGAGCUUAGCCAGGGGGCUGAGGAGCAUCACACAGGAGAUGUGAAGAACCCCGCUGAGAUCAUGGGGUCUCAUGGAUCAGGAUCUGGGGAACUAUACUCAGGGGACCAAGAGAUCCUUGGCUCUACAGGCUCUUCCUCCUCCGGCCAGGUCUUAUGCAGAACAAGGAGCAUGACCCGACGCCAAACUUGGGAUUUGCCCAAACCCCAAGUCUCACUAUUAGCAGUAGACCCCAAACUUUCCCAGUAUGCUCAUGUCCGCUUGGAGAGCCUCCUCUUUAGAGGCAGGCAGUGCUGGCAGCAGCCCCCUCCAGACAAGGGGAAGGAGGAGCCGACAGAGGAGCAUCCUCCUCCAAAGCAAAUUGUUUCCUUUCCCCCUUUUGUGCCACCCAAGCGGUUUCGACUGGUUGUAAGCCACGGCUCCAUCAACCUUGAAGUGGCCUCCAGCUCCUGUGAGGAGUUAUCUUGAUCUGGCUGGUCUCCAGGUCCUGCAAAGGCUCCCUUAGCUGCUUGUGGAACCUUGAUCCUUGAUAAGCCAGGGCAAAACCCACCAACCAGAAUUUGCCUGAAAGCAUCUGUUGACUUUUUCAUCUUUGUCCCAAUCACCUUGUAUGGGGGUGAGAAACCAUUGCUUUUGUUCUGUUGUGAUGCUCACAAAGGGCUCAAGGAUAUACCUGUGCUAACAACACCAUCCUGUGUUCCAUUUCCUCUCGUUCUAAAGCAGAUUUACUUUCCGUUUUUCCUCUUUCCAGGGUGCUCCCUCCAUCACACUUGUACUCUCACUUUCCUUUUUAGAAGCACCCUCCACAACCAGGCCAAACCUUGAUCCAUUACCCCUGAAACUUAAGCCAUAUAGCAGGCUGCAUGGAUGUCUGGGAUUGACUCUCCCUGUCAUCUUACCGUGGAACUCCGCUUGCUUUCUCCCAGGCUCCUUUCACCUUUUGACUCCAGGUAUCCCAAUGCUCUAUAGUUUGUAGCAGUUCAACCAUGGAACUAUAGACACACAUGGUGCUUUUGCUAUUUGUUGCCCCUAAGGAGGUUGCGAGGCUGGUGAGAGUGAAAUGACUGGCGGGUAAAGGAAGCCUACAUCUAAUCAGGGAAGCCUCUUUAAUUCUUUGUAAGAAAACCAGCAACCAGAAGUGCACAUGCGCAUGCAACCCAUGCCUAUUCAGCCCAUUUAGCCUGAUGACUGCUGUUUCCUUACACAAGUUUAUCUAGGGAAUUACUCUUUCUUCUCUCCUCUUUCUCACUUUCUACCCCCUCCCCCAAACUGCUUUUUAGGUGCCUACUGUUACAAGAAAUCCAAUUUUCUAGUUUUUAAAGCUACUUUUGUAUUAGUCAGGUCUGUCUUGUCUCUUCUCCCUGCUGGGGCUUUUCAAUGAAUGUGUACUGGGGCUUUUUACACUGUUACUGACCUUUAAGGUAUUCAUGUUUUUAUACUUAGAUAUGGCUGAGGUUAAAUGGUUUUUUAAGAAUACCAGUGAGUUUGAUAAUUUUAUGCAAAUAUUUCACACUGUAGUCAAGUGGUAGAGAAUGAAAUAAUUGAACUUUCCUAGCUCUGAUCAGAGGAUUCCUUGGCUCAGGGGCAUUGUGAUAAAGGACCUUCCUUCUGUGAGGUGCUGGCUUGGACUGGAUAAAUGGUUCUUACUCAUCUAGUAGUGGUUGGGUUCAGUUCAAAUGUCAUUGCAGUACAGUAAAUAGAUCAUCUGUAUUUUUGACCUGUGGUCCUGUCUGGCAGUUCUUGGGGUCCUGUUCUGGCAGUUCCAGCCUCUUUCUGAGCAACAAUCAGCGGGUUACUUAGAAAUCUAGUUGAAGAUUAGCUGAAGAUGAGAAGCCAACAGGUGGGCUGUAUUGCAGCCAUUCUUUUUGGAGAAUGCUUGCUUCAUUUUGCAGCCAUUUUCAUAGCGAGAUUUGUGGUGUUGAUUUGGGAAAAUCCAUAGCUAGGAAUCAGCAGGACCUACUUUAACUUUCUCUUUUCUCCCUUCUUCGUCAGUUUUGUUUCCAACUUGGUGCAUUUCAGUCCUAAUGUCUUCUCCAUAUAGCUUCUGAAAGAGACAGGUGUGCAUCUGUGAGUCACUGCUGUUUAAGGCUGCAAUUCUAUGCACACUUGGGAGUAAGUCCUUUUAAUUUGCUGAGAGUUCCUUCUAACUGUGGAUAGGAUCUGUCUUCUGGAUGAGUUUUUGAGCUCUGAAACAGAGAAAUCUGUUUUUAGAGCUGCUUCUAGAGUUUUGCUUGGUAUCUGUGUUGGAUAUAUAUUAUAAUCCAGACCUUCUGUUUUUAAUAGUUCUGCCAAGUACCAGUACUGAUUCCUAGAAAACAUUUUUUUUAAAAAAGUGAUAUUUAGGCAUUUGUAGGUGAGAGUUUCAAAAGCACAACUGCAGCUAGAAGGAGCUGUAGCUGCUCAUUCUGUCACAAUAAGGAAAUUGUAUUUAUAGUGCAGGGAUAAUAUUUUGAACUUGGUUGUGUGAGUGUGAGGACUUAGCUGUGGAGAAGGGUAUUUUCCUUCACAACGAAAAGGCUGAAAAUCCACAGAUCUUCAGUCAUGAGCAUUUUCAUUAAUGGAUCUGAGAGGGAGUCCAUUAUCUGUGUUGUGGAGAAUGUUGGUAGAUACUUGCAACUGCAUAUUCAUGUGAAGGCAUGAUAAUUUUGUUAAAUAAACAAAAACAUAAGAGAAACUUGCAUAACUAGGUAACAUAAACAACACGCUUUCAUAUAUCCUCUUUAUGCUUGUAAUUUGAGCUGUUUCCACCAUCAUUCAUAUUAAUCUGCAAAGUUGCCUUUGUGCGCAUUCUCUAUUCCACUCAACUUGAACUUCACAUAUGUAUAUACAAAGUAUAGCUGAAAAGUGUCGGUCUGUCAAAGCACACUGAUAGUGUGUUGCUCAUUAAAACAGUUGAUAUACAGCUGAAAUUGCACAUCUUUUCCUGCUCUCUCCAGUUCACUUUAUGUAUGUUAAUACAUAUUUCAGACAUUUCCCCCCAUUACUUCUCUAGUUGUUUAAUACCAGUUUUGUUUGUUGUGGACAAACAAUCCCUGUAACUACCUGCCUUCUCAGUAGUCACGCCCACCCUGUGGAACGCCCUCCUGUUACAUGUCAAGGAAAUAAACAACUAUCUGACUUUUAGGAGACAUCUGAAGGCAACUCAGUCAGAUGGGCAGCUAAUAAAUUAUUAUCAUCAUCCUUAUCCUUAAUUGUUUAGGUACAGUGACUUGUGGUGCAAGUUAUGUGGUUUAUGGUGCUCAUUUUGUGCUGAUAAGUGAUUCUGUGCCAAUAGUCUUGACCCAAAUUUUCACGUUACUAUGAGAUAGUAAUCCUCUUGUUUGGAGAAAGAGUAUGCUUCAUCAGAACAAACUACCAAACAUUUACAGUAAUAAUAUUGAGGAAUAUUAUGAGGUGUGCAUUUUCACUUGUAUAUCACUGUUUGUGCUAAAAGGUGAUCUUUUUUCCUGCCCCCUGCAGCUGAUUUUGGCCCUUGCUGCUGGGAGCGCCCAUGCUUCCUUCCCUGUCUGCUACUCUUGUCAGUUUGUGUUGUUCCAUGUUUGUUAUUAGUAGUGGAUUAGUGCACAGCCUUUAGGUAGUACUGCUGGGGUGGGGUGGGGUGAGGUGGGGUGGGUAAAGAGAACGGAAGGGGGUGAGAUGAUCAAGGGCUUUGUGUUAGGGAAAGGUUUGGGGUGGGAAGGGUGGAUGUUGCUAGCCAGGACACUGAAUGCUCCUGUUGAAGGACAGGCUGGGGCUCAGUUUUCACCUGUUGGUGCCUCGUGUUUACCCAUCUUUUAAGGUGGAUAUACUCUUUAAGCUACCUCGCUUUGAGAGGGGGAGCAUCAAGUCAUCCCUUUAGGCUCUGUCUCUGAUCUUCUUUGCUUUCAGUCCUGUGUCUGUUGAGUCUUUUCUCCAUGGCUUUCACAUGGGUGGAGGGUUGCUUGCCUUUAAACCUCAGAGUGGUGAACCCAGUUUUCUUUGACUCUUGCAUUCCAUCUUAAACAGCUUCUGUGUCUCAUUCCAAUAACAAACUUUGUCAUAGCCAGCCCUUGUCGUUCUGCCUCUGCAUACUUCACUCUCCACACACACCCCGACACACCCUUGUAUGUUAGCAUUGCUUCUUCCAUCCUCUGUAAGGUUUAUAACACAUUCUUUUGGUCUGUCGUCUUUUCAAAAGAAGACCCCACCUCCCCUAAAAUUGUGCUCAGGGAGGUGUCAAGGCACCUUGGCCCUUGCCAGGGAUGGAGGAUGAAUAAACUGUGUGAACUGCCCUGAAAUCUUUUGAUGAAGGGCAGUAUAUAAAUUUAAUCAAUAAACAAGCUAGGCACUGGGAAAAGUCUCUGGAUGGCCGGGUUCCUCAGGGAGUAGUGGGGUGGAGGACUUUAGAAUAUCACCAUCUGCUCCAAUCUUUGCAGUUUUGAACUGCAGUGUGUCAUUUAUAGAACUUAUCUCUUGUGGCAAGUUAGCUGCUAACUCCAGCUCAAAAUCUCCUUUAUAAGGGAAUGGUUUGCUCAUGCCAUAGUAUACAGCAACUAAAGUGAAGCGUAUGUCGCUGCUCUAUCUGCCUCCUCCUAAUUUCCCCAAUGCUUUUUAGGGCUUUUCCAGCACUUGUUCCUUCACUUUAGGAUUAGAGUUUUUUAUAAUGAACUUGGGCAAGUCUGGAUUUUUUUUUAUUUUCACAGGAAAGAAGAUGCUGGAGUGUAUUCAACAGGGCUAUAUGUUCUCUGCAAUAAAACAAAUAUCUAGGCCAACAUAAACCAAACUCUGAACCUGUAUAAAUUGUGAAGAUCCCGUUUUCCUACUGUUAUUUUGUUUCUGUUUUGUUGGUCUGGACUGUGUACGGUCACUGGAAAUUUUGAAUAGGCUCCCUCCCACCCACUCCACCUUUCUGGCUUUUGAUACUUCACAUACUUUCAAACCUGUCAUCACAGCCUUAAGGGCUAGAAACUCCCACGGAAGAGUUCAGCUUGACUUGCACCCAGCCUCAGAUUUGGCAUGUGCAGGAUGAUGUUGGAACAUGUACAGUCCUGGCUUAGGAACUGGGAGUGGGUGGGGGAGGAAGGGGGCCUUUUAAUAGUGCUAUAUUGGAGAUGGUGGUUGGAGGGUGCUCUUGACUCCAGGAGUGGGAAGCUUGAGGCCUCAGGGUAGUUCCUAUCCCCGUGAUCAGGCCGGUAUCCUGUAGGGGCGUGAAGGCAGAAACUUGUGGUUUUGUAUUUUUCAUGGUGUGUGUAUGUGUGUAUUAGGGGAGCGUAAUACUUUUUAAAAUACUUGAUUGGAAUAAAGUCUUUUAAAGCUA